CUUCUCCUGGGCCCAAUUUUUUGGUUUUUGAGUUUCGGUACUGCGCUCCUGUGCCUUAGUUCCCUCCUGGGUGCUCCUGGGACUUCUCCUGUGUGUUGGUAGUCUUGUAGUUUUGUCGAGGCCUUCGCGUGGCCUGGCCCCAGGGUUAUCUCCGAGCUGGGUUAGCCGUGGCACGCGGGCCCCCCCCCUCCGUGCGAAUGCACCGCUAUUCGUUAGCGCACUCUAGGCGCUUGAGCUGUCCUGCGAAUGCCCCGUGUUUGAGCAGCCAGACUCGUGCACCUGCAGAGCUCCGCCGCCGCCGCCUCCUCUCCCCCUCCUCCUCCUCCUCCUCCUCCUCCUCCUCCUCCUCCUCCUCCUCCUCCUCCUCCUCCUCCGCCCUCGUCCCCUCCCUCCCCUCGUCCUGCCCCCCGCCCGAGGAGGGCGCGGAGGAGCGCGUGGCCAGCUACGGGCCCCUCGUCGGCGCGCUGCGGCGCCACCUGCCGCCCCGGCGCGGCCAGCGGCCGCCGCGCGUGGCGUGCCCCGGCUGCGGCCUCGGGCGCCUGCCCUUCGAGCUCGCGGCGAUGGGUUACGAGGCGCAAGGUAACGAGUUCUCGUAUCACAUGCUCUUGGGCAGCCACUUCGUGCUGAAUUGUUGCCUCGAGCCCGAGAGCCACGAGAUUUUCCCCUUCGUGUUGUGCUCCGCCAACCGACGCGGUGCUUCGGACCACCUCAGGUCGGUCCGCAUUCCAGACGUCUGCCCGAGGACAGCGUUGCCGCCCAAUGCGCGACUAUCCAUGGCAGCAGGCGAGUUCGUCGAGAUCUAUGGAGACCAGCCUGGUGAAUGGGAUGCUGUGGCGAGCGCAUUCUUCCUCGACACGGCUAAAAACAUCUUCUUGUACAUACGCGUCAUCGCGUCCAUGCUGAGGCCUGGCGGCCUCUUCAUCAAUAUGGGGCCACUGCUGUUCCACUACUCUCACAUGCCAAGUCAGGUAUCGGUGGAGCUCAGCUGGGAGGAGCUGAGGCCGUUCAUCUGGGGAUGGGCAGCACGCCGCGACGUCGCGGGAGAGGAGGGCCGCGGUACCACGGAGGGGAUGGGAAGAAGAGAGAGAGGUAGCCCGAGGUGCAAAUACUUCGUCGCCAAGCGCAACACGGAGCCCGUGACGGGCAAGUCGAAUCCGGUGUACUGA